CUAAACAACAUACACAUGUGUACGAAUGUCAGUGGAGAUUCGAAGCAGCAGUAACUGAAAAAUUUAUUCGAGAUUCUUGUAAAAAUUUGUUGAAAAACUCAGCACAGAUCAACUCAACUGCCGGCUGAGACGCAACUCUCAUAUUUCGAAACGAAAUUAAUGAAAAAUCAAAUAUUUCGGCUUCUGUCGGUAGCAUACACGCGUAAGUGAGGUCGUUUCGUUUAGCGAUUAGAAUUCAGAACCAACUAGUCAAACUACCAACCAAUUAUGGGCUACGACCAGGGCUUAAUUGUUGGCCACGUCGACGAGGAGCUGCUCUGCCCCAUCUGUGCCGAUGUGCUGGAGGAGCCAAUGCAGUCAUCGAGCUGUGAGCACGCAUUCUGUCGUUUCUGCAUCGAGAAGUGGAUACAGGAGAAGCAAAUCUGUCCAGUGGAUCGCUCGGAUCUGUUGCCCAUCCACUUGAUUCCCGUCUCCCGUCUCAUGCGCAACAUGCUGGCACGCCUGAGGAUCAAGUGCAGCUUCGCGGAGAACGGCUGCACGGCGCUGAUGCCCCUGGGGGAGUAUCGCGACCAUGUGGCCAGCUGCCAGAACAACCCCAAGGUUGUCGUCUUGUGCAACAGAGGCUGCGGCAUGCGUGUGCCGCGGGACGAGAUGAGCCGUCACAACUGUGUGUUCGAGCUGCGGGAACAGCUGCAGGAUCAGGUGAACGAAAUAUCCGAGCUACGGGAAAUGCAGGCCCAUCAGGAGCGACGCUUGAGCGAGCAUCGACGCGAGCUGGAGCUGGUGCAAUACUAUGUGGCCGCACUGAGAUCCACGAAUCCGGUUAUACGCAAUGUGGGCGACCAGCUGGAUCGCUACUCGCUGAUGCGCUGGGGUCGCACCCUGCCGCUGGCCACGGUUCGCACUUGGGGCAGCCUCAUCUCCACUCCGGACACGCCCAUGCACAUGAUGGUGCGCGAGGGGCUGCGCUCCAGUGGCUGCCCGAUGCACCUGGUCAAUGUGCUAAUGGACUGCUGCUACGAGGACAGCUGGCCGGAGGGCCUGGCCACGCUCGAGAUGCGUCGCUUGAAUCUGCAUCGGCUGGCACAGUUUGUGACGCGUCUGCUGCCCGUUGUGAUCACUGGGAAGCCGUGCGCGGUCAUUCUGGGCGGCGACAAUGCGCACAUGCCCGAGAAUCUUCGCCCGGUGCUGGGUGUGAUUAUGAUAUUUGUUGAUGGCGUCGAGCCGGUGCCUUCGGAUCCGGCACCAAUGCCGGACGGCGACUACCUCUGAGUGCAAUUCGUAGACGUUGUUUAUUCGUGUUCGAUCGAUCCAAAUUAAUUUUCGACAGCGAUGAGAUUAAACCAAACCCAAAUGAAAAGCAAAACCCAAAACGAACAAACAAACUAAAAUAUAAAUAUUACAAAUUUGCUGCAAUUUCUUACAUUUCGCGUUCGGCAUCCAUUGGAGUGGGAUGCACUUAAACAAUGUUGCCUGUGUGUCUAAAAAUUAUAUCAUCUAAGUUCCGUACACAAUUCUGCUCAAGCAAAAACAACAACAAAAUUUAAUGGUUGGGAUACAUAUGGGAAGCAAUAAAAAAUCGCCUCGAUGAGGGAAUCAAAUCUACAAGUGAGACACAAAUACGAACAUAAACAAGAAAGACACAAAAAAUAGAAUUAAUAAAAAUAAAAUAAAGGAA